AUUGGCCCCACCAAACCACAGCUAAUUCCUGCUCGAAUCAUAGUAGGCCCCUCUAUAAGCGAAUCUAGUUCCAGACAACCAGAAGAGCCCAGAAGUGAUGGGGAUGCUGUUUCUGUUGGUAACAUUUCUGACUCUGACGAGAGGCCCUAUGGGCUAGGUUUUGAGAGCCCAGACCCUGUGGUAUGGAAAGCUGAGGAUAAUGAAACUGACCAGUCCCUUCCGAAAGGCAGCCACAUACCUAUUGGAUCGUUAGGCUAUUGGUUGGCUGGACUACAUUUGUAUGCUCCUCUGCCAAAAUUCGGCAAUGCUGAAGGCUCAUACUCGUCAAUGCUUCGGCUUCACUCCUUCGCUAUGGCUGGUGGGACAAUCGAUAACCCAGUCAUCCAGAUCUCCAACUGCCUCUCAUCCACAAAUCCUCCUGGACGUUUGAUCUCGACUUUGCUGGAUUUUCCUCGCAUAGUCCUAGGUGCUGGGAUUGUGGUACGAUUUUCGAGCUUCUUACGUGCCGAGCUUAAUUACUGCCUCCCUUUGUUAUCCCAGCCCGGUGACAGAGUUUGCUCCGGAUUUCAGUUUGGUGCUGGAAUUCACUAUAUGUAG